CUACAUUUCAGAUUUAGUGGCCACUCAAUGAAGAGAGAGAACCACACUCUCACCACUGAGUUUUCUCUCCAAGGUUUCUCCAGCUUCCAAGAGCACCAGCUCACUCUUUUUGUGGUGUUUCUUGCACUGUACAUCUUAACCCUAGCAGGUAAUAUAGUCAUCGUGACAAUUAUCCACAUUGAUCAUUAUCUCCACACUCCCAUGUACUUCUUCCUCAGCAUGCUGUCCACUUCGGAGACUAUAUACACAUUGGUCAUUCUCCCCAGGAUGCUGGCCAGCCUUGUGGGUGUGAGCCAGUCCAUCUCAAUGGCAGGUUGUGCCACACAGAUGUUCCUAUUUGUAACCUUUGGGAUCACUAACUGCUUCCUGCUGACAGCAAUGGGGUAUGACCGCUACGUGGCCAUUUGCAAUCCCCUGAGAUACACGGUCAUGAUGAACAAGAGGGUAUGCGUCCAGCUGGUGGGGGGGGCCUGCAGCAUUGGGCUGAUUGUGGCCAUGACACAGGUGUCAGCUGUGUUCAGGCUGCCCUUCUGUACCACAAAGGUGGCCCACUUCUUCUGUGACAUCCGCCCUGUGAUGAAGCUCUCCUGCAUCGACACCACUGUCAAUGAGAUCCUGACGCUGAUCAUCAGUGUUUUGGUGCUGGUGGUGCCGAUGGCUCUGGUUUUCAUCUCCUACGUCCUCAUCAUCUCCACCAUCCUCAAGAUCGCCUCAGCCGAGGGCCGGCAGAAAGCUUUUGCCACAUGUGCCUCCCACCUCACUGUGGUGGUUGUCCACUAUGGCUGUGCCUCCAUUGCCUACCUCAAGCCCAAGUCAGAGAACACCAUGGAUCAGGAUCAGCUGAUCUCAGUGACCUACACUGUCAUCACCCCCCUACUGAACCCUGUGGUGUACACCCUGAGGAACAAAGAGGUCAAGGAUGCUUUGUUGCGGGUCAUUGGCAGGAAGCUUUCCUGA